UAAUAGUAAUAGCAAUAGGACCUGUCUUCUCUAUGAAAAAUUUCAUUCAAACUAUUAUGAAUGCAUGAAGAGAAGUUAUGCCAAAAUUGACAUUGAGAGAUCUAACGCCUUAAAAUUAUCGGCAUACAAAAAUAAGAAGAUGUUGGAAGCUUCUGCAAUAUCUCAUAAAAUAAUACAAGUAACUUUUUAUCUAAUAGAGAACAAUAAGGAAUUCAAACUUGGUCACUAA